AUGACGAACAUAAGCAUGUCACCAUUCAUGGAUGAGAUUAAGCGCACAGAUCCCCCUCACGGGUUCACUAUGCCUCACUUCACUCCGUACAAGGGAGACAAAGAUCCAGAUCGACAUCUUAAACACUAUCGUAGUACCAUGAUCCUCUUCAAGAACGACGACGCGCUUUUGUACAAAUUUUUUGCCAUAACUUUACAAGGCGAGGUGCAAGACUGGACAUCCGACCAUCUCUUCAACAUCGUAGAAGACCAUUGGGAGACAAUUACCGACUAUGUCAAGAGGUUCAAAGCGGAGAAGACCAAGAUUGUUGGCUGCAACGAAGACAUAGCAAUGGUAGUAUUCAGAAAUGGGCUUCCCACCGAACACCCUUUAUUCAGAAAAUUGAUCAUGGGAGAAGAACUAACCCUAGCAGCUUUGUAUGCUUUGGAAGAGAAGCACGCACUAUGGGAUGAGGCAAAGCAGUCCAACAAAAAUGAGUCGAAAAAUAAGCGCAUGGAAUGUUCCCCGACCAUAGAAGACUCAACACCUAAAACAUUCACCAAGUUCUCAGUUCCAAUCGGCCAAAUUCUCUGUAAACUCAAGAAAGAACCUUGGUUCGAGUUGCCGCCACCCAUGAAGGGCGAUCUUACUCGGCUAGAUCAGACAAAGUAUUGCGCAUUCCAUCAAGAACCAGGCCACACUACCAAUGGUUGCCAAACGUGGAAGCAAUACCUUGAAAAGCUGACAAAUGAGGGCCUGUGUGAUGAGUAUCUUGACAGGUUAACGACACGGCCUACACAAGCAGGGGAAAUCUCUAUCACCUCUUGA